GUAGGCGACAUUAUUUAUUAUAAAACUUUUAAAAAAAAAUUUAGUUAGGUUUUAGUUUUUAUACGAAUUUUUAUUUUUGGUUAAAAUGUAAAAUACAAAAUUUUAUUACUCAUGGAUCGGAGAUUUCACUAUUCUCCGAAAGACUUGUUGAAAAUUCUUGAGAGUCCGAGGAAUACCAACGGAACGCAUUGUUGGGAUCUCGAUACAACAACGCUACUUCGACAAUUCCAAGACAAUGUUAAUCAAGCUGUUACCCUUGAUUUUGCAACAGCAGCGUUGGUGUUACAAGGAGCUGCAAAAUUAUAUUCUCUGCGAAUAAAUUCACUUGAUAAAGAUACAGAAGCGUAUAUGUUACGAUUAUCCAGUUUUUCAAGAGUUGAAGAAGUUCAAAAUGUACCAGAAAAUGAAGAACCAGAAGAAAUUCCGGUUCCUGUAGUAAUAGAAAAACCCAUACACAAACCAAAACCCAUCGAAGAACCUAUAAUCGAUCCAAUUAUGGGUGAAAUUGUUGUGACAGAAAAACCAUCAACUCCAGUUAAAAAAACACCGAAACCGGUCGACAUCAACGUGUAUUUAGAAGAAUUAUUCGUUGAAUUGCAAAAAUCAUUACAAAAUUUCGAUCCAGAAUCUGCUUCGAAAUCCAUAUUUACAGUUGUAGAUCGUCAAUUACGUCGAAGAUGCUGUGAUAUUUUUAUAAAAUAUCUAAACGAACCAAUUCCGUUAAUGGAAGUUUUAAGGAGGUUCUUAAACGACGUAGAUCCAGAUUUGGUGUUGAAACCGAUCGAACAUAAACACUUUUUAGCAACGAAAAUGAUUUUAUUAGUCGAUGUUCGUAGAGAGGUGUUUAUACCAAAUUUGUCAAACCAGGAUGAUCAACUACAAAUUCGUGUUGCCUUAAAAGAAUAUCUUUUGGAAGAAAUUGUACGACUUACAUGUCAUGACGAUUGUCUGCCUCAUGAGGACGCAAACUUGCCUCAAGGCGGAGCCCAAACCGUUAUAAAUGGAACUUUGGAUUCAGGAAUUGACCAAAAUUUUACUGUGAAUGAAGUCACAUCAUUUGAAAAUGAAAGUCAAGAUCCCGAAAUUCAGAAUAUUUCGAGUACCGAAGAAACUGUACUUAAUAAUACGACAGACACUGAAAUUAUUUCUAAUAAAGAUUUAGAAAUACCAGUCGCAACUCAAGAUUCUGGAUUUGUUAGUUCGCAAGAUUCGACAAUGGAUCAAAGUUGUAUCGAAAAUCAAAAUGAUAAGUCAAAUAUUGAUACCGUGAAUACUUUACCUUUGGAAGAAACUGGAGAUGAUGGCAUACAACAUUCUGCGGAUCAAGAAGAUAUGUCAAAUGUUGAUACCGUGAAUACUUUGCCUUUGGAAGAAACUGGAGAUGAUGGCAUACAACAUUCUGCGGAAGAUACUGAAUCGUUGCUUAUUGAUUGUGAAGCAAUACGCGAAUGUCAAGAGACAGCAACAUCAAUGACAGUUAACAAAGUACAAUUUUUGAAUAUAUUCGGAUUAUCCAAGAGACUUUUAAGGAAGAAAUCGUUUUUUCGUUUACCGGAUGAUAUUUUAGAGUGGGCACGUAUUCAUAGAAAACUGGAUGUAAGGACAAAAGAAACCAGAAAGAAUCCUACAAAAACAAAUACUGAAUUUAAAUUGAAGCCAAGGAAUAAAAAAGUUUUAGCUAAAUUUAUUAAUAAAAAUCGCCGAUCAAGUUUAAAUAAGAUACAUCUAGAAAAAUUACAAACUCAAUGUUUUAUACCAUUAGAGUCAUUAUCACCUAAAAAUGAACCAUCAUCUCCACCUGAAGAUGUAACUUUAACAUCAGAAAAUCCAAUUUUAGUAUCUGAAGAUGUACAAAAUACCCUUGAAGAGAUGAAAUCCAACGAAGAUGAAGGUCUAGUAACAACACAAGAAAUGCGUGGUACACCAUUAAAUGAAAUAUUUGAAAAUAAUUUAUUAUCAUCGGCAUCAUGUUUUGAUGAUGAAUCAGGCGUUGAACGUGAUCGUGAACAUUAUGAAGAUGAUAUUGAGACAGAUAGUUAUAAAACAUUAACGCAUUAUAGUAAUGUUGAAUCGGGUAUAUUUACAGAUAUGACGUCCAGGGAUAAUACACCAUCGUGUAAUCAAUCAACACGGAAUAAUAGUUUUUUCUCUGAAUAUCACGAUGAUAUUACAAAUAUGACGGAUGCGAUGACACCAACAACCACGCUAAUUAAUCGUACAUUGUUUAAUCGUUUUGAUACGGCUACCCAACAAUUGGAAGAAGUACCUGAAGGAAAUGUUUUGAAUCAGAUUGCUGAGAGAAUGCAAAAUUAUCAAGAAAAGGAGAGACAAUUAUUAGAAUUAUAUCGACGUGUCGAUAAAUGGCAUCAAAGUAUACGUGAACGAUUAAUGCAAGCUAAACGUCGUGAAAAUUGGGACGUAAUUGUUUACGAAGAUAAAAUAUUGAAAAAAGUACCUGUAAAACCUGAAUCAAUACAUUUUGCAUUGCUUGUUGUUCGAAAAUCACAUGAGGAAAUUUGUCGCGAUUUUUUAGCUACGCUAAUUUUGGCAAACGAAGGAAAUAUAAUAAUUACCAAAAUAAAUGAAGAUCCUUGGGCUGUCAAUAAUUUUACACUUUCAAAAGCAGUCGAGGUUGUUCGAAAUCAUGAGGUGAUGAAUGCACGAAUGGGAAAAAUGUCCGGUUCAAAGCUCCAAGGCAACAUGUUAACAUCAUCAUCUAGCUUGAGUAAAGAAAUUCCACUUCAAGUGUCUGAUCAAAUACCAUUCUUACAUCGGCCAUACGGUUCAGAACAAUCUGAUGAUGAAGAAGACAACCAAAACGGAACAAGAUCUGACGAUCAGGUCUUUAUGCAGAACGUUGAUAAUCUUCUAAACUAUUACGAUUCAGAUCAAGAUGAAUUACAACCUGAAGCAAGAUUGAACAUCGAAUAUGAUCGUCCUGUACCACAAACCGUCCGUCGACGUGGUCGUAAACCAAGAGUACUACCGAAAAAUACGGGUAAAAAUACAUAUGUGUUUGACAAUAAAGAAUACGAUUCAUCGGAUCUUGAUGAUUAUGUUGCGCGAAUUGUUAAAAAUGUAGACGCUUUCGAAAAACGCAGUCAAAGUCAAGAAGUUAUUGUGAAUAGUGAUUUACCAGUAGUUUUAAGUGCACCAGGUUCAAGGAGAAAGACAAGAAAUGAUAUUCCGUCUUCACCAAAGACUAAGUUAUCAAUUUCGAGACGUAACGAAUUGAAUGGCUCUCGGCGUAGAAUUUAUGAUAGUAGCAGUGAUGAUGAGGAUGACAACACACCGUUAACAGGACUUUAUACACCUCGAAGAUUACCAGCUAAGCGAAAGGCACCGGAAAGAAACACAAACGAUUCAUAUUUAAAACGAUUUAAUAUUUUCGAUGAUGAAAGUGAACCAGAAAAUAGAGUAUUAAAUAGUGAAGUACAAGAUCGAAGAUUGUCUUCUUCGAAGUUAAAACGUAAAUCACCUGAAAAAACGUCGAAUUCUUAUUCAAAACUAUUAAAAAAUUUCGAUGAAGAUCAGGAAAUCCAAGAAAUACGAAAUAGAGCAGUGGUUAGAGUAGUACAAACUUCUAUAAAAACCCCUCCGUUAAAACGUAAACCACUAGAGCAAAACACAACAGAUUCGUAUUUAAAACGAUUUAAAAUCUUUGAUGAUGAUGAAGAAAUUAAUAAACCUGUAUCUAGUAAAUUGAAUAAUUACGCGGAACCAGGUCCCAGUGGAGUACAAAACCGUCCGGUUUCUAGAUUAUCGGAAGAUUAUGCAAUUCCUGGACCUAGUGGAUUACAAAAGAAUCAAAGAUAUAAAAUUAUUUCGAGUGAUGACGAUUAUUCAUCAUCUGAUUCUGAACGUAGAAAAAUGAAUCGAAAACGAUCUCCACCAUCACGUAGUGUAUACGCAACUAGUACACCGUUCGAUAAAAAAUCUAAAGUGUUGAUAUCACCAGGUGAUAAUUGUUUUAAUUUAUCACGAAUUUCACCUGUUUAUGGAUUGUAUGAUAGUGAUUCAUAAAUUUCAAGUGUGUGUGUGUGUUUUUAAUUUGAACUUAAUUUUUAACCUUCCCCCUCCGUCCUUAUCAAUCACAGUGAAUAGCUCCCAUAUACGGAAUAAUGUAAUUUUAACAUAUUGAAAUUAAAUUAUUUUCUCUUUUUACUCCUUAACUUUUUUUAACCCUUCUCUUCCGACCUACCAGACAAAACUACCUUAAUCCAUAGUUUUAAAAAAUUUUAACCAAAAAUCAAUGUAUUGUCUCUGGAGUCCUUUCAUUUAAAAUAAAUCAAAAAUUUAAAAAAAAAAAAAGGUUUAAUUAAGGUGCCGGCGCGGCGCUGAGGGUGUAAAUGAUGUAAUUAAUAAUGAUAAUAAUGGGGUAUAACCUCCGUUUUUCAGAUAUGUAUCUAUAACAGAGGCCAUCCAUACCAUUAAUUUAUGUGUGUAAAUAUGUAAAAAUAAAUAAUUUUUUUUAUUAAUGAUUCUGUACAAAUGAUUUAUGUACAAAUAAAAACUCGAAGUUUUUAGAUUUUAAGAUUUAAAUCAUUUUUUAUUUUUAAGGUAAUUAAACUUAAAAAGUUAAGCAAGUUUUGUUAAUACGAAUUUAUCGCACCUCUUUGAAUAAUAAUGAAUUGGUUUUCGACUGAAAAGUAUAUCAGGUUUCCACACUCAGAGGAAGCUUGUGCAGUUU